AUGUGCGGAAAACUCACCAAGGACUUUGGUCAGUUCAAAGAGGCUUAUAAUGGAUUGAAGGAGUUUUGCGAAGUCUAUGUCGGGAGAGGAAGUCGAGAGGAAGUCGAGAGGAAGGCUGGGACUAUUGGCGAUUUGGGGCAGCUUAUACUCAAACUACAACUCACCAAUGACGCCGUGGAGAUUUUAGCUGACCUCGCAGCUAACGGCGUGAGCUUCGAGGAAAAGGUUGAGCUGACAGAACAUGCCCGAGCUUGCGAUAUCUCGGCUUAUGUGUUACCGCGGGCAAUCUAUAGUCGCAUGUUUGAACGUGGUUAUGUGACAUCGGAGGCACGUAAGAAUGCCAAAGAUGGUGACAUAGUCUGGCUAGAAAUCAUCCAUGGGAUGACCCUAACUCAGUAG